AGCUGGCCAUGGAAGUGCUACGUCCCACCUUGAUCGCUAUUGGGGGACGUAUAUACAGGAAGAACACUGUUCGAGAGGCCACAUACCAGCAUGAGGAGGAAGAGGAUUUUUACAUAGAAUCUGAGCAAUGUAUAGAGGAACCCUGUGAUGAUUACACCAUUGAAGAAACCGAGAAGGGGUACCAAUGUACCAUCAAUCUACCUAGUCAGCUAUUUAAGUACAUUAUAGGUAAGAAAGGAGAGACUAGGAGAAACAUUGAAUCAGACACGCGUACAUCUAUCAACAUUCCAAGACAAGGAAUGGAAGGAGAAAUUGUAAUUACAGGACAACAUCACAAUGGCGUCAUUUCUGCACGGACACGCAUUGAAUUGUUAGAAGAGACGUUCCGGAAGAAGCAGCCUUUCACCCACUUCCUGUCAUUUGCUCUCAAUCAGCCAGAGAUUCAGGAGAGGUUCUUGAAGUUCAAAGAAGAGGUCCUGGCUAAGUGCUCGAAGGAUCAUGGGGUGGAAGGCACCAUUUUCCAGAACCCAUCAAAACUCCACUUGACAAUAGGGACCCUAGUUUUGCUGAAUGAAAAUGAAGUGGAGCAGGCAAGCCAGCUGUUACAAAAGUGCAAAGAGGAAUUUCUGGAUAAAAUUGCAGCUGGAAAACCAAUGCAAGUGAAAAUGUCUGGAAUUGAAUACAUGAAUGAUGACCCAGCAAUGGUGGAUGUCCUUUAUGCAAAAGUCGGGAUGAAGGAUGGAUCAGAAAGGUUGCAGCUCAUAGCGGAUCGUCUUAUGCAGAGAUUUCUGGGCUCGGGGCUGAUGUUAAAAGAAUGGGACAGAGUAAAACUUCAUGCAACAGUUAUGAAUACACUGUUCCGAAGAGACCCCCUAGCUGAAGAAAGAAGCACUAUAUCCCCUGGAAGGCCUGGGCAAAGAGAAAGAGAAUCAUUUGAUGCCAGAAAUGUACUGAAGCUUUUUGACAACUUCUGCUUUGGAGAACUGGAACUGGACACCGUUCACCUUUCUCAAAGGUUUUCUACAGAUAGUUCUGGCUACUACACAUCUGCUGGACAAGUCCAAAUCUCCUGAGUAUCCAGCUUGCAAACAGAUCCCAUAAUCCUCUGCCGCAGGAUUGCAAGAGAUUAGGUGGUAUAUAGUGCAUUUCUAAGAAAAUAUUUUCAAUGUUACCUGAUGGCUGACCAUUGGAAUGUGGACACCAAACAAAUAAACAACCCUAAA